AUGUCACGUCAUCUGAGAACCCGCCAUAACAGGCAUGAAGAUGGGCCUGAUGGUCCAUUAGAAGACGAAGGUUUUAGAGACGACAAUGGUAUAAUUCAUACAAGUAAUAGGUCACUGAGAAAGAUUAACUACGCUGAAAUAGAAUCAGGAUUUGAUUUUUUGGAAAAUGAAGAUGAUGAUCCAGCGAAGGGAUUGUCAAUACCAGCAACGGACCCAGCGGAACCACCAUUAGAACCGACAGAACCUACAGAACCUGCGGAACCUACAGAACCGGAACCAGUAGAUGAUCCUAACGAUGUCUACGAAGAUGAUGAAGAUGAUGAAGAUGUAGUCGGUAAUGGUUACAGACCGCAAAAUAAUGGUCAUAAUGGUAGGAGAUCACGAAGAGCUAGGUCUCGAGGUAGAAAAGUGACAGAUCCAGAAGAAGAUGACGAAAGUUUCCAUGAGGACGACGUAGAGGAAGAGGACGACGACGAUGAAGAUGUAGAUUCUGAGGGGAAUUCUGCCAAGGGUGAAGAGUAUUAUGCGAGGAGGAGGCGACAGAGAGAAGAUAAGAAUUUUGUAGUUCCUGACCCAGAGGAUGAUGAACAAGAGAACGGUGAUGAAGAUGACGAUGAAGAUAUUAGUUAUUACAGAGGUAGAAGGGGACGUGGUAGACCUAAAAGGGAAAGAUCACCUUCUCCAUCGGUAAAUGUAGCUAAAAGAUUGAGAAGACGUACUAGAUCUGCAUAUGCAGCCGCCGCUGUACAAGAUGCUGACGUUGAUGGAAUGGGUCAUGAUGCUGUACAUAAUCCAGAAGCAUUGUCAUUAAGAGAUGAGAUCCGUGAAUUACAAGACGAUAGUCCCAUACAAGAGAAGAGAUCACUUCGUGAACGCACAAAACCUGUUAAUUACAAAUUACCACCACCUUUAAGUGAGGCCACUGCAGAAAAUUAUUUGGAAAGACAAGCGGCUGCUAACGCCUUGAAAAAUCCAUCACCCAGAGGUAGACGUGGAGGUAACUAUAAUCAUAAUGCAGGUCCCGCAAGAAGAUUAUUCCCCACUGGCGGACCCUUUGGUGGGAAUGAUGUAACUACAAUUUUUGGUAAGAAUACAAAUUUUUACCACCAGGGACCACCAGCAAUAAGUGGAGUAGGUAAUGCUGAUGCCAACAACAAAUUGAUAUUAGAUUCUGAUUCUUCUGAAGAUGAGAUCUUACCGUUGGGAGCUAAACCGAAACCCAAAUCAGAUAAUGCCUCCAAGAGGAAGAAAAAACAAGAAAUUGCAGAUCUGGAUCCAUUAGGUGUGGACAUGAAUGUGAAGUUCGAAGACGUCGGUGGAUUAGAUAAUUAUAUUGACCAAUUGAAAGAGAUGGUAGCACUACCGUUGUUGUAUCCUGAGCUUUAUCAAAAUUUUGAUAUUACUCCUCCUAGAGGUGUGCUUUUCCAUGGGCCUCCUGGUACGGGUAAAACUCUAAUGGCCAGGGCAUUAGCGGCAAGUUGCUCUUCGGAAGGCCGUAAGAUUACUUUCUUCAUGCGUAAAGGUGCUGAUGUUUUAUCCAAAUGGGUGGGUGAAGCUGAACGUCAAUUACGUCUUCUUUUCGAAGAAGCUAAAAAACAGCAACCAUCCGUAAUUUUCUUCGAUGAAAUUGAUGGGUUAGCACCUGUGAGAAGCUCUAAGCAAGAGCAAAUCCAUGCCAGUAUUGUCUCAACACUCUUGGCACUUAUGGACGGUAUGGACAAUAGAGGUCAAGUUAUCGUGAUAGGUGCUACAAAUAGACCAGAUGCAGUGGAUCCGGCAUUGAGGAGACCUGGUAGAUUUGAUAGGGAGUUCUACUUCCCACUGCCCGAUGUUAGAGGUCGUGAAAAGAUUAUCAAGAUCCACACGAAAAACUGGAAGCCUCCAUUAUCAGUUAAGUUUGUUCAAAAUUUGGCUACGUUGACAAAAGGAUUUGGUGGUGCGGAUUUGAGAGCCUUGUGUACAGAGGCUGCCCUAUUAAGCAUUCAAAGACAGUAUCCUCAAAUUUAUAGAAGCAAUGAAAAGCUCGCUGUGGAUCCCAAUAAGGUGAAAGUAGGAGUUAAGGAUUUUAUGAUGGCAUUGAAAAAGAUUGUCCCCUCAUCUGCAAGGUCCUCAGGUGAUGCUGCCCAACCUCUUCCUGAUUCAAUCAAGCCAUUGCUGCAAUUUCAAUUCGAAAACAUCAUCAAUAAAAUUAAAAGAAUCCUACCUGAAGAUGGGGAAUCUAACUUAGGUAAGGAUUCUUCUCUAAUACAAGAAUAUUUGGAUUAUGAAGAUUUUUACGCCUUUGGAAACAAUGGUAAUGGUGACGAAGACGACGAUGGUGAUGAUCAAGGUUUCGCUAAGCAUGAGAUGUUAACUCGUCUAGCUGAGUCGCGCGUGUGCAACCCAAAGCUACUAAUUACGGGUCCUGCUGGUAACGGCCAACAAUACAUUGGAGCGGCUCUAUUGCACUAUUUGGAACAGUUCAACGUACAAAGGCUUGACCUGGCAUCCCUGCUUAGUGAAAGCACAAGAACCAUUGAAGCCGCCAUAAUUCAGGGUUUCAUAGAGGCUCGCGGGCGACAACCUUCUAUAGUAUUUAUCCCUAACAUUGACAUCUGGUCGCAAGCCGUCCCUGAAGCUGCAAUUUUCACCCUAAUGAGUCUUUUCAGGUCUCUACAAAGUAACGAAAAAGUCUUUCUAUUAGGAAUUUCCGAGGUUCAUAAAGAUACAAACAUAUUAGAUGGCCCUCUUUCACAUUUCGAAUUUUCAGAUAAUAUAUGUCAUAUUGAUAUUCCUUCAGCCAGACAGAGAUCAGAUUAUUUUACAUCAAUAGUAAAGAUAUUGCGCAUGAAACCGUUUGAAUUUAAGACAAAAAGAAGAAGAAGAAAACCUCUGCCAGCUCUGCCGCCAGCUAAAUCUGAAAGCAGUUUGGAUAAUACAGGUGAGAAUGGUGAAAUUUUAUCUUCAUCUGAAGCUCUAAGGCGAAAACUGAAGACAUUUCAACAUCAGGACAUGAGGUUAAAGAAUAUUCUAAAAAUUAAAUUAUCUGGUCUCAUGGAUCUUUUUAAGAACAGGUAUAAAAGGUUUAGGAAACCACCUAUUGAGGAUGAUUAUUUGGUCCACCUUUUUGAACCCCCUACUGACCCUAACUGGCAACCAGCUUACACAAAAGAUAAUAAUAUGAUUCUCGAAGUGACGACAGGUCGUCGUUUUUUUAACAUGGAUUUGGACAUUGUAGAGGAGCGUCUUUGGAAUGGGUACUAUUCAGAACCAAAACAGUAUUUGAAGGAUAUUGAACUCAUUUAUAGAGACGCAAAUACAAUGGGAGAUAGAGAAAGAAUUAUUAAGGCCUCAGAAAUGUUUGCAAAUGCUCAAAUGGGUAUCGAGGAUAUGUCCACCCCGGACUUUAUCAGAGAAUGCAAGGCCACUCGUCAAAGGGACCUCGAAAGACAAGAAUUAUUUUUAAAAGAUGAAGAAAGCCGAGUUGCAGCUGAGCAGAAGCAAUUGACAAGUUCUGAAGUUAAUCCAACUGCAGGUGGAGGCGCUGAUAUUGUUGGAGUGGGUGAUGGGAACCAAUUACAAGCUCAAUUACGAGCUACAAUACCGGAAAACAAAGAGAUCGAUGAUUCCAAAAUUAACCCCACAAUCUCUUUGGAUUUCACUGCUCCAGAGGCCUCAGAAGCUGACAGCCCAGAGAAUCAUGAUAUAACAGCAACUGGUGAUACAACUAAACUUCUAAUCGAAAAUUCCGAAAACCCCGAAAGUCCCGCUGAGGAAUCCAAUAAGGAACCAGAAGAAGGUAAAGAAGAAAACGGUAUUACUGGCAGUAAUCUAGACGAACCAUCCAAAGAUACUCGAAAAAACGAUUCACAAGAAAACGUACCAAUCCAUAUAAAUCCGCAGGUGCCGCAUAUUGAUGCUACGGGUGACAACAAUCCUAAGGAUGAAGAUGACUCGAAGAAACAAGAAUCAACCAAGGAAGUUGCAGGAAAUUCAGCCGAAAAUGAGCAGAUGGAGACCAGCAGCGAACCCAAUGCGCUCCACACAUCUGAAGAGGGACCUGAAGAAUAUAGCGAAAGCGAAGAUACGUCUAAAGAGCUGAAAAUUGACGAAAGCGCGCUCAGUACAGUCAUCAAGCUUUUAGAUAAGGAAACCGAGGGUUACACGGUCUCUCGUUUACAGGAAAUCUACUCCAGAUUGGUGGAUGUUGCUUGGGAGGAUAGGUUCUCCUGGGAUAAAUCUGGAACAAUAGAAAAAAUAUUGCAUAUCGUCAACCAUCAUUGA